CAAUUCAAGAUGGCUGUGUGAGAUUUCAAUAUGGAGAAUGCCACUGAAGUAUCUUUAUUCAUCCUGAGGGGACUCACAGACAAUGUUGAACUUCAGAUCAUUCUCUUCUUCCUGUUUCUAGCUAUUUACCUUUUCACCCUUAUGGGAAACUUAGGACUAAUUGUAGUAGUCAUUGGGAAUUCCCAGCUCCACAACCCAAUGUACUAUUUUCUGGGUGUUUUAUCAUUCAUUGAUGCCUGCUUUUCUACCAUUAUCACCCCCCAAAUGUUAAUAGAUUUUAUGUCAGAGGAGAAGGUCAUAUCAUUCCUUGGAUGUGCAGCCCAGAUGUUUCUUGCUGUCAGUUGUGGAACCACAGAAUGCUUUCUCUUGGCUGCCAUGGCUUAUGAUCGCUAUGUAGCUAUCUAUAACCCACUUCUAUAUGCAGUGAACAUGUCACCCAGAGUCUACAUGUCACUCAUCAUUGCCUCCUACACUGGUGGAAUUAUAAACGCUUCUAUUCAUACAGGAGCUACUUCUAGCCUAUCUUUUUGUGGAUCCAAUGAAAUUAAGCAUUUUUUCUGUGAUAUUCCUCCUUUACUGGCUAUUUCUUGUUCUGACACUAGAGUGAAUGAGCUUCUACUCUUCAUCUUUGUGAGCUCCAUUGAGAUAGCCACUAUCUUAAUUAUCAUCAUCUCUUAUAGUUUCAUCCUCUUUGCCAUUCUGAAAAUGCAUUCUGCUGAAGGGAAGCAAAAAGUGUUCUCUACAUGUGGCUCUCACAUCACUGGAGUGUCCAUCUAUUAUGGAACAAUCUUCUUCAUGUAUAUGAGACCAAGUUCCAGUUAUGCCUUGGAGCAUGACAUGAUAGUAUCUACAUUUUAUGCCAUUGCAAUUCCAAUGCUGAAUCCCAUCAUCUACAGUCUCAGGAACAAAGAUGUGAAACAGGCAAUGAGAAGACUUUUAGGUAAAAGAUUUAUGGCUUCACAAUAA